UUAUGGGACUCGAGCUAGCAGUUAAGUGCCUAUGGUAGAGUUCUUCCUGAUGCCGGGUCCAGCCACCUAUCUGCUAUGACAGUUCGUUGUUAUAGAGUCGGAUAGGAACCAAAGUACAGAGCCCCUGUGCUUCUCAGAACCCUUAUUUCGGUCUGACGCAGCCCCGCCCCCGGAGUUACAGUAACCAGAAUGGAGAAGCGUCCCCUCCGGAACAUAUAAGUCGCUCCCUGUCUUUUCCGUCGGAAAGAAUUUCGGUCGGAACUAGUCUCCACCGGAAGUCCCGCGGGAAUGCGAGAGCAAAGACUCCUUUGUUUUAAGUCCAACAUUUGAACGGCUGGGUCGGGCGGGGAGCCGCUAGCCAGAGGAGAAAAAGAAGCUAUGUUCGUGCUGUCAGUGAGGCGCGCUCUGAAAAAAAGCAAGACGCUGCGGUACGGGGUGCCCAUGAUGGUACUCAUUGUUGGAGGUUCUUUUGGUCUCCGUGAGUUUUCUCAAAUUCGUUAUGAUGCUGUGAAGGUCAAGCUUGAUCCAGAGUUUGAAGAAAAACUGAAAAGGAAUACGGUGUCAUUGGAAUCUGAAUAUGAGCAUCGGUACAUAUGGCUUUCCCUGUCUUUUCAAAUCAUCAAUUUCCUGACUUAUUUCAACACAAUAGUAUUCUACCACAUAGUGAACCACAGCUUACUCAACCAUACCUCAGUUGAAGAGCAUCCCAUUAGUUUGUAUAAGAAAAUAAAAGACUCAGCCUUUGAUGACUGGAAGAACAUCCGCGGACCUCGACCCUGGGAAGAUCCUGACCUUCUCCAAGGACGGAACCCAGAAACUCUUAAGUCUAAGCAAGCCUGAGUGUGCUGAAUCAGAACAUUCUUCUUAAAUCAAAAUGUCAUUUAUUACUUGGCUAUCUUUUUGGUUGCUCCUAUGUCUAAGGAGGGAAAUAUUACAUGUUGGAAUAAGCCAACCCAUGAGUAAUUAUCUAAAAAAAAAUCAAAUAGCAGAGCUCUUUGUAUUUUCCAUCUGACCCAUUUGCAAAUGCAAAUAAUUGCACUGAAUGGAGCACUUUUCAAUAAAAAUAAGUCUAUUUCAUUGAGAA